AGCCAAGUUCAACGUAACUGUACGAGCCCGCAACAUUCCGUAGCAUACAGUUGUUGGAAAACGUCGUCUCCCGGUCUCGGUCUGUACAUUCUCAUCCCCGAAAAUGAUGUAUACCAAUCUGAAAACCUAUCUGCUGGAAUCGAAUGCCAAUCUUAAACCUUUGCUGUACGAAAUCGUGAAACAAUGCGAACGUAACAAUAUUCGCUACGAGAAGCAGCUGGUUACUUUCAUCAUGAAUCUGGUCAGCUUGGAUCCCAAGUUUGAAAUCUACAUGGAAACGCUCAGUGCCGACCGGCGGAAUCACGAUGAUUUUGUGGAGGAGUGUGUUUCAAUUUUGAAUGAAGAUCGUUCCCCCAAGCUGAUAACGCUGCGGAUGCAACUUUACUUUUUGCAAAACUUUUUCAACAAAGAUGAGGUCGUCGAGAAGCAUAGCCGGAAUCUGCAGCUUAAAACGUCGCACCUGCUGAAGGAAAUAACCGAGCACGACGUGAUUACUAAGGACGAACAGGAUGACAUUUUCAGCAAGGUGAUAAUCGAUAUCGUCAUGAAUAUGGGCCUGGGAAGCCCGGAUAACAAGGACGUGCUACAGGAAACGACCAAGGCGCUCAACUCCGUCAUGUCCCGAAGCGAUAAGGCGAAGUUCGUGACACUGGACAAGAAGGACCGGCUGCUGGCACUGAAGGACAUCCGGGAAAUCGUUUGUGGUAUUCGAAUUUUCAACAAACACGCCGGAAAUUCUAGCAAUGGGAUGUCGGACUUGCCACGAAUUUUGGACCAAUCCCACGAGUCUACCAAAUCAAUUCUCCAAAUAACUCUUUGCGAGAUCAUGGACAAAGUCAACCUGCUCACCAGUGCCCUAAACUCAUCGAUCGCGUAUGAUUUGAGAAAUCACACCAUCGUAACGCUGCUCCCGGAAAACAUAUCUUCAGAGGAUUUGAACAUCGUUAAGGAUCUUUUGAUCAUGUAUCGGCAGCAUGAAGUAUUCACCAGGAAACUUAUAGACGAGAUGGCACUGAUCAAGUUCAACAUCGAUACAUUGAAUCAAGAAUACAGCACCAAACUGACCAAAAUCCACGAAACCGUCCAGUACAGGACGGCAAUUCCCACGGAUCGUGUUUUUCCCAAAUUUUCAGAAUUGACUCGAAUCUGGCUCCAGUUCCAAAACUACAUCUAUCUGCUAUCGGAAAUCAACCAAAUCAAUAACACGCUAACAAAUAUGACCGAAAAAUGUUUGAGCUUCGAUGAUCUAGCCUACCGGCUGCUGGGCGAAUAUCAGGUCCAAACUGACAUGGAUCGGCUCAACAAAACGAUGGGCAAGCGACUGAUAACGACCAAAAACGAAACUGUCGAAUAUAAUCCAGCCAUGAAGGUUGAAAUGUUGAAAUUUUGCGUUUGGCAUUUGGCCGAGGGAAAUGGAGUGUUGAUGCCUGGUAAUGUCGAGAUGGGUGUUUGCCAGUACCAGAAUGAAUACUAUGCCUUCAAUCUACCGCAGGCUGUCGCUUUUUUCGAUGAGGAUCCCGAUAAGUACAUUUUCAGAAUUAUAGAGCUGGCGCGGAAAAGGAUACAAUUUGUUGUGUUCCUGGAUAUUUUCCAUAAGGUACAGAAUGCGUAUAAUUCACAAUCGACCGAGGUGUUCCGUAUCAAAGCGCCGGUCACGUGUGAACAGGAAAUUCAAACCGAGCUGCAUCCCGUACCGUGCAACAUAGACCAUCACUAUCGCUGGAACGUUUGGGACAUUGGCAAGGAAGCCAUCACCUUGGCCAAUCUGAGAACAAAGAAAACUAGCUCAUCGCAGACCAAGAAAAGCAAAUGCACUCAAAUUUAUCUGCCGAAGGAUCAACAGACCCAGACCAAGUUCCAUAAGGCAACGGUCACUAAAGAGCACAGGCCGCGAACGAAAAAAGUUCAACUACCGGCCUAUCCUUUGGAAGUUUACUCAAUAUCCGUAGAAGGUUUUAACAACAAAACUCGAAGGCAAUUCUUGUAACGUGGGGUAUUACAAAGAUAGUCAAAUUUACACUAACCUGAAAUAUCGAGGACCAAAUUCCAAACAGACCCUUGUGACGAUCCUUCUGGCCAACAUUGCACUUCAGUACGUCUGUCAGUCUUAAUGGUUUUUUCAGAGAACUGUGGAACUGUAGCAUGGAUAGGCACGAUCGAACAUCGUUACCAGUUUUGUCAGCCAAUGCAAGCAUCGAUGUUAGAUCGGUGUGGAUUUUUUCUCGCUUUGCUAUUAGCAGGAGUCUGAAAAUUAUUUAAUGAGAAAUUAAUAAAAGCUUA